AAUCUCUCCACUCUCCGGCUCUCCUCCCUCCCUCCUCCCCCCUCCACCCUCUGGGCCGGAUCUCGUCUCGCUGAGGCGGAGGAGGAGAAGGAGGAGGAGGACGUUCGGCCUGCGCAGUGAGAUGUUUGUCCGUCGCCGCCGCCGCCGCCAUCGCGGAGGAGCGCGAUAAAGGGAGCCGAGCCGGGCGUGAGGGGGACCCCGCGGAGCCGCCGCGCCAGCGCAGCCCCCCCUCAGCCGAGCCCGAGCCGCCGGAGCCCGAGCCGCCGCCGCCCCCGCCGCGGCCGCCCAGGGGCCGGCCAGCUCCUCAGCCCAGCCCGGGGGCCGCGCCGCCGCCCCCAGCGUAGCCCCUCGCCUGCCCGCCCGCCUUAAAUGUGACACCGGCGCCUCGGAGUGCGACCCGAAGCCGCCGCCGGGGAGGGGACGAGCACCAUGUCGAAUCUGAGCAAAGGCACGGGCAGCCGGAAGGACACCAAGAUGCGGAUCCGGGCCUUUCCGAUGACCAUGGAUGAAAAAUAUGUAAACAGCAUUUGGGACCUUCUGAAAAAUGCAAUUCAAGAAAUCCAGCGUAAGAAUAACAGUGGUCUUAGUUUUGAGGAGCUCUAUAGAAAUGCUUAUACAAUGGUUUUGCAUAAACACGGAGAAAAGCUCUACACUGGACUAAGAGAAGUUGUUACCGAACAUCUCAUAAAUAAGGUGCGGGAAGAUGUACUAAAUUCAUUGAAUAACAACUUUCUUCAAACGCUAAAUCAAGCUUGGAAUGAUCAUCAAACAGCUAUGGUGAUGAUUAGAGACAUACUAAUGUAUAUGGACCGUGUAUAUGUACAACAAAAUAAUGUGGAGAAUGUCUACAAUUUGGGAUUAAUUAUUUUUCGAGAUCAAGUUGUACGUUAUGGGUGUAUUAGGGAUCAUCUGCGACAAACACUAUUGGACAUGAUCGCAAGAGAGCGGAAAGGAGAAGUUGUAGAUCGGGGCGCGAUAAGAAAUGCUUGCCAGAUGUUAAUGAUUUUAGGUCUCGAAGGACGAUCCGUCUAUGAAGAAGAUUUUGAAGCUCCUUUUUUGGAAAUGUCUGCAGAAUUUUUUCAGAUGGAAAGCCAGAAAUUUUUAGCAGAAAACAGUGCUUCAGUAUAUAUAAAGAAAGUAGAAGCUAGAAUUAAUGAAGAAAUAGAACGGGUGAUGCACUGCCUUGACAAAUCAACCGAAGAGCCAAUAGUAAAGGUGGUUGAGAGGGAACUCAUUUCCAAGCACAUGAAAACUAUAGUAGAAAUGGAGAAUUCUGGGCUAGUACAUAUGCUGAAAAAUGGAAAGACAGAAGACCUCGCUUGCAUGUACAAGUUAUUUAGUCGCGUGCCAAAUGGCUUGAAAACAAUGUGUGAGUGUAUGAGUUCCUAUUUGAGGGAGCAGGGUAAAGCCCUUGUUUCUGAGGAAGGAGAAGGAAAGAAUCCUGUUGACUAUAUCCAGGGCUUAUUGGAUCUGAAGAGUAGGUUUGAUCGCUUCCUCCAGGAAUCGUUCAAUAAUGACCGGCUCUUUAAACAAACUAUUGCGGGUGACUUUGAGUAUUUUCUCAACCUCAACUCCAGGUCCCCUGAAUACCUCUCAUUAUUUAUUGAUGAUAAGCUGAAAAAGGGAGUCAAAGGGCUAACAGAACAGGAAGUAGAAACAAUAUUGGAUAAGGCAAUGGUCCUUUUUAGGUUUAUGCAAGAAAAAGAUGUAUUUGAACGUUAUUAUAAACAACACUUGGCAAGGAGACUUCUCACAAAUAAAAGUGUUUCUGAUGACUCUGAAAAAAAUAUGAUAUCUAAGUUAAAGACUGAAUGCGGAUGUCAGUUCACAUCAAAACUGGAAGGAAUGUUUCGGGAUAUGAGCAUCUCAAACACAACUAUGGAUGAAUUCAGGCAGCAUCUACAGGCAACUGGGGUAUCUUUAGGUGGUGUUGAUCUCACAGUCCGGGUGCUCACAACAGGAUAUUGGCCCACUCAGUCAGCCACACCAAAGUGCAACAUCCCACCAGCACCAAGACAUGCUUUUGAGAUAUUCAGAAGGUUUUACUUAGCCAAACACAGUGGUCGACAGCUCACGCUCCAGCAUCAUAUGGGUUCUGCAGAUCUCAAUGCCACCUUUUACGGACCAGUUAAAAAGGAAGAUGGAUCCGAAGUUGGUGUUGGAGGGGCCCAAGUAACUGGCUCUAAUACACGGAAGCACAUACUGCAGGUCUCCACUUUCCAGAUGACCAUUUUAAUGCUCUUUAACAAUAGAGAAAAAUACACGUUUGAGGAAAUUCAACAAGAGACCGAUAUCCCUGAAAGAGAGCUUGUUCGAGCCCUGCAGUCCCUCGCCUGUGGUAAACCAACCCAGCGGGUUCUCACGAAAGAACCCAAGUCAAAGGAAAUAGAAAAUGGUCACAUAUUUACAGUUAAUGAUCAGUUCACAUCCAAACUACACAGAGUCAAGAUUCAAACAGUUGCUGCCAAACAAGGUGAAUCUGACCCAGAAAGGAAAGAAACGAGGCAGAAAGUAGACGACGACAGAAAACAUGAGAUAGAAGCUGCUAUAGUGCGGAUAAUGAAGUCCAGAAAGAAGAUGCAGCACAAUGUAUUAGUAGCAGAGGUAACUCAGCAGUUGAAGGCUCGAUUCUUACCAAGUCCAGUUGUUAUUAAGAAACGUAUUGAAGGACUUAUUGAGAGAGAAUAUUUGGCACGAACACCUGAGGAUCGCAAAGUAUACACAUAUGUAGCAUAAAAUGCGUUCAGAAAUUUGAUUUAUUGGACUGUACUUUUCGCAUGGACUGAGAAGUUCUUUUAAAUCAUUAAAUAUUAAGACGGCCAUCUCUGCUAUUAAAUUACAGUACAUGUUCUAGACCAUUCAGAUCAAGCCUUUACUCCCUUUGAGAGUUUUCAACAUCAAUUGAUUGAGCUUCAGGCUUUACGUUUAUCCCUGUAGAGAUCAUCUUUACAGUUCCUCGGGAAAAUGUGAAUGUGCUGCGUUUUGUUUUCAAUACUGUAUGAAAACAGGAAAAAAUAAAACAAAAAUUUAGAAAAUACAGCUCAUUAAAAUAAAAUUGUUGGAUUUCAUUUC